AAUGAUAAUCCUUUUAUUGUUAUAAAAUUUAUUAAAUUUUCAACAUCUGGUUCCGUUAUUCAAACGGGCACAGCUAACACUGUUUAUUUGCCAAAUACUUUAAAAAAGAUUUUUCAUAGUAUAGUUAUCCCAUUAAAAUAUGGUGGCUAUCUUUAUUAUGAUGAAUUUAAUCAAUCUUUGGGAUUUAUUUGUAAUAUUGAUAAAGAAUGUAAUUCUUUUGAGAUCCCAGCAGAUACACGAGAACAUUAUAGUUCUAGUGCUAGCUAUGACGUUUUUGGUAAUAAUACUGUUUGGAUCGCUAUGAAUAGUGUUUAUUCGCAGAAUUGGUAUAUUAUUACAAAAGACGCAGAAUAUUUUUUUAAUAAUUAUGGGUUUAAUAACCCGGCAAUUUUGUCCACAAAACCAGAACAAGAUAAGACAUUAACAUCUCUUUCAACUUAUGAAAAUAUAAAUAUUACUAUUACUUUCUUCACUACAAUUGCUUUAUCUACUGGAAAUCUUACUGUCUUUCAAGUUAUUAAUGAAUCCAAUUAUUUAUUACGUCAAAUUUAUCCAGCGUCAGAUUGUAAUAUAAUUCAAACUACAAAUACAACAUCAUGCAAAGUUUUAUCAAGUACAUUUAAUAGAAUAAAUAGCAUAUAUAUUAUAACUGUAGAUGAUAAUUUUGUCAAAACAUUAUCAUUUGAUGAACCAUUGACUGGGGUCAAACGAAACAUUUGGCGAGUUAAGACUCCAUUAUUAUAUGGCACAGAA